AUGGAGUCCCUCUCAGGUAGCUUCUCCACCGGGCGAACAAGAUCGUCUGAUGCUGUUCCAUCCACCACCCCCACCGCAGCCUCUGAAACCCCGGUAGAGUCAAUAGAAGACGCAGAGGCCGUUCUGAAUAACGGCACUUCCACUAUGACGGCGGCAGAUGUUACCGACAAAGCCAUCGGACCCUCAAACCCUGUUGCCACAAGUGAAGAAGACCUGCGCAAGUGUUGGAUUUGCUACACCGAUGAGAGUGAGGACUCACCACUCAAUUCAGAAUGGCGAUCUCCAUGUCCAUGCGCUUUGACAGCGCAUGAGGCAUGUCUGCUUGACUGGUUGGCAGAUUUGGAGAAUCCUCGGUCACGCAAGAGUAACGGCAGCGUCGCAAAGAUGCAGUGCCCGCAGUGCAAGUCAGAAAUCAUCGUGAAUCGACCGAGAAACUAUAUUGUUGAUAUUUUGAGCUUAAUGCAGAGGGUAACGGGUCGAAUGGUUCUUCCUGGAAUAGUUUUCACCGUGGCUGGUACGGUAUGGGCUGGUUGCUGUGCGCAUGGAGCUUACUCCAUGUACCUCGUGUUUGGCCCAGAGCACGCCAAGCGCAUUUUAGAGGAUAGUAUCGAUGGCCAGGCACCUGGCUUGAACCUCGGUCUGCCUCUCAUUCCGCUAGUCUUAAUAUUCUCUCGUACGCGUUUCGCCGAGGGCCUCCUCCCAGUCAUUCCUGUUUUAUUUUUUGCCGCGACGCACAACCCCAUCCAGGAGGCCGAUCUUUGGCCCCCAGCUCCUGCAAUGACAUUCGCCGCUCUGCCAUAUGCUAAGAGCUUCUACAGCGCACUCUACGACCGCAUUUUCGGCAAGUUAGAGAAAAAGUGGAUCGCGGAGGUACAGCCUCGUACUACAGAAGAAAUAGACGAAGUACUGCGACAGGACCAAGCGGAGGGACUUAACCGAUUUGGUGAAAAUAUGAAUGGUCAACUUCUCAUGGAGAUCGAUCUUGAAGUACAGGUAGGAAUGGGCAAUGACGACCAGUUACCAGCUGCUCAAGCUCUUCCUGCCGGCGACAACGAAAACGACGCUGACGAAGCGGCUCAGGAUGGACAAGUACAAGGGCAGAAUGACGGAGCCUUUGGCCUAGGGCGACGACCAAACGCAAUUAUCCAUGAUACUGGUAAUAUCGCAGACACUAUACUUAGCGCACUUGUAUUCCCCGCAAUUUCGGCUUCCAUGGGUGGGAUUUUGAAAUACUUUCUUCCCAAUUCAUGGACUACUCCAUCCUCAGUUCUAGAUCGGAGUCGCCCUGGUCUCUUGCAGACCCGCUGGGGCCGCAGUGUUGUCGGUGGCUGUGCCUUUGUAUUGCUGAAAGACGCAAUUCUUCUAUAUUGCCGGUGGAAACUGGCUCAAAACCACCGACGACGCAAGGUGCUGAACUAUGACCGCACGAAAAAGCGUGGUGCAAAGCGCCGCAGUUGA